CAAUUGUAUGUUUAUUUACACACGAAUUCUGACAAGACAGAUAAAUUAUAUUUCACAUUGUUAAGAGGUUCCUGGAUUUAAAGACUCAGAAAGAUGGAGUUUAGCUCGGCUUACCGAGACCCCUUGCUAGCGUUCGCGGAGGCCAUGUCGCAGUGGUAUAGGCGUUACCGGGACACGCUGAGCCAGAAUUGUGGAGCCAGUGUUACCCAGCUGCCGGUUGACCGCGCAUCUCCACGCUGGAUCUUACACCUGCUGAAUUGCGCAACACCGCCCCCUGCUGCCAAAGCACGGCUUGAACAGGUCGCAAUUGACCCGUCAGAGCUGAGGUUUGAGGGUGUAGACAAUGUGCUGAUACUGACCAACUCUUCCGGCUUGCCACUGGGCUUUGAUGUGUUGCCUGGUGACUGGGCCAGUUCGCUGGGUCGGGGUGAAGCAGGACAGGGUGAGGGUGUGAUGGCCACAACACAAAGGAUCCUGGAAUUGCUCCGCAGCUCAAUGAAGGCACCAAUGUAUGGAGGCCUGGCUCGACGACCGCAGACUCUGACAGUUAGUGAUAAGAAGCUGCACAGAGUUCUGAGCAGUGGGGAGAAGUCUCUUUCUGUCCUGAAGGUGGCACUGCUUCCAGAGGCAGUAGGUGGCUGGGUGCCCAUCGAUGUAGGCCCAGAAACAGGGUCACCACGCCCCAGAGUAUUUAACAUGCGCUGGCCGCCCACAUACUAUUGCCGAUGUUGUAAGAAACACUCUUUCCUGAGCCAACUGAAACCAUGUGCUGGGUGCAAGGCUGUGCUGUUCUGUGCAGGCUGCUGCCCAGGUGCCACUCUUCCACAGGCUGCGCUGGACUCCGGCGGCCAUCACUGCUGCAAGAGACUCUCCCUCUAUAUGAGACGUGGAGAACAGCUCGCCCUCCUACCAUUCCCCUAUGCCACAGAAACAACGUCUGAGGACUUUGAUGUAGAGGACUUUUUGUUCAAGAAUAAGCUGAGCAGCGGCUACUGGCUGCACUGGAGCCUGCUUGUGCGCUCACCCCGCUUUCAGCUCCAUUCGUCAUUGGAACAGUCCAAAGAUCUUUGGCUAUCAGAUCACUCCGAGCCCUACGGCCCACUGAAAGAGGAGGCAAAUAUCUUGCUCAGCCACAUACCCCACAAUUCUCCUUGCCUCAGUGCCCCUUUGGUGUCCUGGAGUCAGUAUAUGAGUUGGAGGGGUCUUAGUCUGACAUCACCUGUAUCUGUUCUACUCUCAUCUGCCCUCUCUACAUACUACAUCAUCACCUCUCUGGUGCCACAAGACUUCCCAGAGAUGAAUAUUCUGAACAAGCAGUCUUUAAAGAUCCACAUCAUUGAGUCCUACCGAGAAUUUCACACACUCAUGAGCUUCUGGGAGCUGUCUGUUCUACUUCCUCAAAUGACUUUUGAACUUUCGUUCAUUGGGGAGAGGCUGCCACAAAAGAGUGAUAAACAGCAGCUCUUUCUACAGAAGAAAAGUGGUGGUGUGUCACUGGUGAAUCCUGCUGUAGGUUCAGAAGAGAAAGCUGACAGGAGGAGUAUUCGCAUCAAAGUCUACAAAAGAGCCUAUCACAUGCUACUGGGGCCCAAACCAGACCUAGUGAUUGGAUUCUCCCCGGCCAUCCCUCUCCACGACUUAUGGCUCAGCGCUCUCCCUCGGCUUCAGUCUCUCCGGGUUCCAGCCUAUUUUUGUGAGCUCAGUGAACUGAGCUGCGAAUCCAGCCAGCAAGUGAUGAGUUCUGCCACAGGGGGUGCACUCUCGUCCCCAGCUCUCAACCCCUUCCACUCCCCUCUGAGGAUCUGUGGAGGAGACAACCUGCUACCAUGGUACUCCAAUGCAUUCAUUUUUCAUCUCAUCUAUAAGCCUCUUGCACCCUGCCCACAGCGCCCCUCACUGACCAGUAACAAGGCAGGUGUUCACCCUGACCCACAGCAACCGGCCAAUCAGAGAGUGGCUACUCCACAGCAGAACCCUCCCCCUGAAUCAUUCAAGAUGACCAGAAGAGAGAGGAAGCGAACAGCCCGGAACACACAUCACAAGCGCAAAUAAACAUAUCACAUAUAUAAUCACACACACCCACAACUAAAUGAUUUCCAGUAAACUAGACUGUAAAACAAUGCACCCAAAGAUAUACAUAUAACAAUGGAGUUAAAUACAA